AUGAAUAAUCUAAUAUAUUCCAGCACUAUUCUCAUUGUAAGUCUAUUAGGUGAUGGAUAUCAAAUAAAAUUAAGUAGUCGAUCGUUAAUUUCGUGUAAACUUGUUACUUAUUUUGGUACUCUUCUAUCAGCAUUAUCACCAUCUUUCAUUGUAUUUGCUUCAAUUGACCGAUGGUGCGCCAGUUCAUCAUCUAUACAACGACGCAAUUUCAGUAAUGUCCGUACGGCUAAAUGGUUGAUCUUCAUUAUUAUUAUAUUUUUUUCAUUCUUGUUCAUCAUAUCACUCGUAACGGCUGGUAUAAAUGCUAACGAUACACUUGGUUGUCGUACACGAGGUGAUGUAGUUUUUGUUCAAGCAUACGGCAUUUUUCAAUUCAUUCUUUUCUCUUGUCUGGCACCUAUUCUUAUGUUAGUCUUUGGUUGUAUGACGAUAUAUAAUGUACAACUACAACAAAUGGUGACUUUAAUAUUGUCAAGUAAUCGUCGUACUGAAACUCAACUUGCUCGAAUGCUUUUGGUUCAAGUAGGAGUUCAAAUAUUGCUCAAUUUACCAUUAUGCGCAGUCGGACUACUUUUAUCUUUUCCCAGCAUUUACCAACCAACAGCAAGUUUCUAUUCGAUUUAUUUUAUUUGUCGAGUUAUAUUUCAUAUUUCCUAUGCAACACCAUUUUUUUUGUACUUUCUUUCGGCUCGUAUGUUUAGAAAAGAACUUACUGAAUUGAUUUUCAAAAGCCUACCUUGGCAAAAUCAUAAUCGUGUUCAUGUAAUAAGACGCAUUGGUGUACCAACAUAUGUGCAAACAAAUACACAUCCUAAUGAAACUAAUUUCUGA